CCUGUCACUCAUUUUGGCAUCCACCCCUGUGGCGGCAGGGAGGCUAAAGGAGACGCUGCCCUUCGGGAGCCUGCAAGCGGUUAAUGAAAAAAAUGGGACACCUGUGGCUGGUUACCAUCUUAAAUACUCAAGAGGGAUAAUUGAUUGCGAAAUCGAAUCACACGAUUUUCCGUUAUUGGAUUCCUCCACCCAUUUGACCGCAAUGGCAUUUCAGAGGGCAGAGGGGAUGUCUAUCAUUCAGGCCCUUGCUAUGACGGUCGCUGAAAUCCCUGUGUUUCUCUACACAACCUUUGGCCAGACCACGUUCUCACAGCUCAGACUGUCUCCUGGGCUCCGGAAGGUGCUUUUCGCCACUGCACUUGGCACUGUUGCUAUGGCCCUCGCUGCGCACCAGCUGAAACGCAGAAAACAUAAAAAGAAGCAAAUUGCUGAUAGUGGAGGCCUGAAGCCAGGAGGGCUACCUGUACCUGGUAUUUUACCUGUCAGACGCACCUCUUCAGUAAAGAAAGGAUAUUCCCGCGGGGUACAGAGUCCCAGCAGUAAGAGCAAUGAUACCCUAAGUGGCAUUUCGUCUAUUGAUCCAAGCAAGCAUUCAAGUUCCACACACAGCCUUGCCUCGGUGGUGGCUGUGAAUGCCUCAAGUGGGAACGCUGUGGCUGCAGGACCAUGGGAAUCUCAUGACCCAGAAGAACCAUUAGAUGGUGAAGAAUCCAGUGCAGAAAAUCUUUAUAUUCAAGGAAUGGAGCUUUUCGAGGAAGCUUUGCACAAGUGGCAGCAAGCUCUGCACAUUGGACACCGGUGCAGCUCAAGUACUCCGACCGCUCAGAUUAGCGAGAUCAUUAAUGAGACCCUGCCUGAGGACUUGUCUGAGGAAACCCAGACCAAGGAGUUAACAGGGAAGCUUGAAGCUCUUCUCCAUCGAGCUUACAACCUGCAGGAAGAAUUUGGGACAAGCACACCCCAAGAGGGCAGCAUGCUGAUGGAUUUGGAAGGAGAUUUGAUGUUCCCUCUUUUGGAAGGAAGACCGCUUCGCAUGGACGAUGAUUACAGUACAACUUCUGAGGAUUCCUUUUUCUCAGCGGCUGAACUCUUUGACAAUUUACAACUUGGUGACCUACCUCUUAUGCCAUCCAAGCCUGCUGCAGCAUACAAAGAAGCCAUGAAGUUGGUCCAAAAGGGGAGCGUACCAUGCAGGACAGUAAGAACAGAAUUGUUGGGGUGUUACAAUGACCAAGACUUCCUGGCCAAACUCCACUGUGUCCGACAGGCAUUUCAGCUGCUACUAGAAGAUGAAGGGAAUCGAUUGUUUUAUGGUAAAGUCGGAAAGCAGAUGGUGACUGGGCUCAUGGUCAAAGCUGACAAGAACCCCACGAGAUUCCAUGAAAACUAUGAGGCGAUGCUACACUAUACGUUAAAAGAGGAAACUUGGCCCACCACUCAGAAGGAACUUGAAGGACGUGGGGUUGUGUGUAUGAAUUUCUUUGACAUAGCCCUAGAUUUCAUAUUAAUGGAUGCCUUUGAAGACCUUGAGAACCCACCAACCUCAGUUAUUGCUGUACUGCGCAAUCGAUGGCUUUCUGACAGUUUUAAGGAGACUGCAUUAGCAACUGCCUGUUGGUCUGUCCUUAAAGCAAAAAGAAGGCUUCUAAUGGUUCCUGAUGGAUUCAUUUCACAUUUUUACUCCGUAUCGGAGCACGUUAGUCCCGUCCUGGCAUUUGGAUUUUUGGGGCCCAAGGAGCAUUUGACAGAAAAUUGUAAUUUCUUUAAGCACCAGAUUGUACAGUAUUUGAAGGAUAUGUUUGAUUUGGAUAAAAUGAGGUAUACUACAGUCCAGUCCCUGGCAGAAGAUAUUCUCCAUCUUUCACAAAGGCGGAGUGAGAUUCUCUUGUCGUACCUGGGAAUAGAAACUGUACGAGAGCUGAAUGGGGAUGUUCCAGCAGAAAAUCGGUCUCUUGAACACCAUAUUUGAUUUCUCAUAUAAAACCAGACAAACUCAAAACAAAAAUAUCCGGUCUACAUGUUGAAACUAAUUUAAUUUUUUUUUCUUUUUUUUUUGUAAUUUGAAGCAAAAUAAUGUCAUCCUUUUGGUUUUUUGUUUGUCUUGUCUUAUCAGCCAAGAGCAUUUUUUUUUUGAUUAGGCUGAUUUAUAUUUGGCCCUGUGGCAAGAAAGUGGAAAGCGGAAUAUAUUUGGCAGUAAUACGUGGAAAA